GGGGCGAGCGGCUGGAGGAAAGCUUGGCCUGCGGGAGCUGCAGCGUUGGUGGGCAUCCCUUCUGGAAAUUUUUCGGCUUCUCAACAACACGGGUCGUGAGAGGUCAUCCAUCUUCUCACCACCCAAAAUAUCCAUCACAUUCGCUUCAAAGUACAUCACCCCCAACAUACCACCCGGAAAUCUUGACACGACCUCACUUCACUAACCUCGCCACAUCCCCUACAAAACCGGCCUGAAGGCCCCCCCAUCUCAAAAAUGGGCAAGCGCACGAAGCAGUACAAGAAGCUCAUGCGCUCGUUCGAGCUGCUCGGCUUCCGCCAGCCCUAUCAACUGCUCAUCACCAGCGACGUGCUCCUCGACACGACCAAGCUUGACCUGGUCAGCCUGUUCGAGAAGACGCUGUCGACCAAGGGGUUGAAGCCCAUGAUCACGCAGUGCUGCAUCAGGGCAUUGUAUGCGAAGAAUGUGGGACCGAAUCGCGACCAGACUGUGGCUGCUGCUAUUGAGAGGGCGAAGACGUUUGAGAGGCGACGGUGUGGCCAUCUCAUGGACCAGGACCCCCUGACGGAGCGGGAAUGCAUGCUCUCGGUUGUGGAUCCCAAGGGGAAGGGGGAGAACAAGUUUCGAUAUGUGGUCGUGACGCAGGAUGAGAUGCUGAGGGACAGGUUACGGUCAGUUGUGCCCACACCGCUCAUGUAUGUGCGGAGGAGCGUCAUGAUUCUGGAGCCCAUGUCUUCAUCGUCGGCACGAGUCAGGGAACGGGAAGAACGCUCCAAGUUCUUGGAGGGUAUCGUAAGGCAACCCCGGAAGAGAAAGAGGGACGAAGAUGAGUCCGGUGAAGAGCAAUCCGGCAGUGAAGACGAAGACGAGGGAGGAGAAGGCGGUGCGGGUCGCCCCAGGGAAGUCAGUGGAGAGGAAAAGCAAAAGAAGAAGAAAAAGCAGUACGGCCGCAAAGGACCGAACCCGCUAGCCGUCAAGAAGACGAAGAAGGCGUCGGAAGUAGACCAAAAAACCGGGAAACCGGCACCGCCCGCAGGAGAGGCCCCGACAGAAGCGAAGGCGAAGAGGAAGAGGCGCAAGAAGGCCGGCGGUGCCCAGGGAGGUGGUGAGGGCGGUGAUAUUGAGCGGGCAGGACAGGCAGAGCCAGGCCCUGAGGAGGUUGCGGAAGCGUGAGUUAGCGGUGGAGGGAAUCGAGAUAUCCCGGCGCCAUGGACGGUUAGUUCUGGGCCAUGUUUUAACUAGUACUACAGUAUACCGGAAAAGGGGUUUCAUGGUCAAGUUACCCCCAUGAUCUCUACGGCAAGAGAAUGUUUAUUUUAUCCCUA